CUUAGCUAAAUAAACAGACGAACUUUUUUCCUUUUCCCCGACUUUGUCAUCAAAUGUCCUUCAAAUUCCAAUGGAAGUUUGGAACAGAAGUUGAGGAAUGGUGGAGCUAUCCUCUGUUUUCUCCUCUCUUUGUAAUCUCUAAUGACGUCAAAUUUUCAUAAUUCCAUUUUGGUGUUAUGCCAACCAUGAUGGAGAUGAAAUUGAGAACUGCUUGCAUUUUUUAUAUUUAUUCCAAGGAAAAUUAUACAUUUGAUAACAUUCUCAGUAUCAAAAUAUAAGAUUUGAUGGAAUCCGAACGAAUGGUAAAAAGGCCGAGGAGCCUCCCACGCCUCAGCAGUCAAACACCACGCACCCACUCACAAUGUUGAGAGCUCUGAGUCUCAGGCGUUCCCUCCGAGCCUUCCACCAUUACCACCACCACCACCACCAGCCCACCAACCCACAUUCCAACCUCCUGAAAGCCCUCUCCUCCACCACUUCCCCAAACCCUAACCCUAAUCUCACCCGCCCCUUCUCUUCUCUCUCAUCAUCUCCUUCUUCGGAGGCCGAGUUCCGCAAGUACUUGGGCUACUUCGCUCUUCUCCUUGGAUGCGGCAUCGCCACCUACUACUCCUUCCCUUUCUCCGAUUCUGCCAAGCACAAGAAAGCCCAGUUGUUCCGCUACGCUCCAUUACCCGACGAUCUCCACACUGUCAGUAACUGGAGUGGAACCCAUGAAGUCCAAACCAGGGUUUUUCACCAACCCGAGUCCCUUGAAGAAUUGGAACAGAUUGUUAAGGAGGCCAAUGAGAAGAAGCAAAAGAUUCGACCCGUGGGAUCGGGGUUGUCGCCGAAUGGGAUUGGGUUAACUAGGGCUGGCAUGGUGAAUUUGGCCCUCAUGGAUAAUGUGUUGGACGUGGAUGUGGAGAAAAAGAGGGUUCGGGUCCAGGCUGGGAUUCGGGUUCAGCAGCUCGUUGAUGCUAUCAAAGAUUAUGGUAUUACCCUGCAGAAUUUCGCGUCCAUUAGGGAACAACAAAUUGGCGGUAUUGUUCAGGUUGGUGCACAUGGCACUGGUGCAAGAUUGCCUCCCAUUGAUGAGCAGGUCAUCAGCAUGAAACUGGUUACUCCUGCCAAGGGAACAAUAGAGGUUUCAAAAGAGAGAGAUCCGGAGCUGUUUUAUCUUGCUCGCUGUGGCCUUGGUGGGCUUGGAGUGGUUGCUGAAGUCACCCUCCAAUGUGUUGAGAGACAAGAGCUUGUGGAGCACACGGUUGUUUCAAACAUGAAAGAGAUCAAGAAAAACCACAAGAAAUUGCUUUCUGAGAAUAAGCAUGUGAAGUACCUGUAUAUUCCUUACACCGACACUGUUGUGGUUGUGACGUGCAACCCUGUUUCAAAAUGGAAGGGUCCACCCAAGUUCAAACCCAAGUAUAGCCGUGAUGAAGCUAUACAGCAUGUUCGUGACCUCUAUCAGGAAUCACUAAAGAAGUAUAGCCCUGAAGCCAUCACCGCUAAAUCUUCAGACAACAGUGAGCCUGACAUCAAUGAGCUUUCGUUCACAGAACUAAGAGACAAGUUACUUGCCCUUGAUCCCCUGAACAAAGACCAUGUCAUACAGGUUAAUCAAGCUGAAGCAGAGUUCUGGAGAAAGUCAGAGGGAUACAGAGUGGGCUGGAGUGAUGAAAUCUUGGGAUUUGAUUGUGGUGGCCAACAGUGGGUCUCAGAAACCUGUUUUCCAGCAGGAACCUUAGCAAAGCCAAGCAUGAAAGACCUUGAAUAUAUAGAGGAUCUGAAGAAACUCAUAGAGAAGGAAGAGAUACCUGCACCUGCUCCUAUAGAGCAGCGCUGGACACAAUCCAGCAAGAGCCCCAUGAGUCCAGCUUCAAGUUCAGCAGAGGAUGAUAUAUUUUCAUGGGUUGGCAUAAUAAUGUAUCUUCCGACAAUGGAUGCCCGCCAGAGAAAGGAAAUAACAGAAGAGUUCUUCCAUUACAGACGUCUGAGUCAAACACAACUAUGGGAUCUGUAUUCUGCUUAUGAACAUUGGGCUAAGAUUGAGGUUCCGAAGGAUAAGGAUGAGCUUGCAGCUCUUCAGGCAAGGCUAAGAAAGCGUUUUCCAGUGGAUGAAUACAACAAAGCACGGAAAGAACUGGAUCCAAACAGGAUCCUUUCUAAUAACAUGCUGGGGAAGCUGUUCCCAUCAUCGGAUACCAUUUGAGAAGCUUCACUUUUUGGUUAGUUAUUUGUUUAUUGAUUUGUCGUUUCAUUUGAUUUAAACAGAUCUUGUCUCUUAUUCUUCUGCUAAAUCUGCUUCUGGCAUCUUUAGCAAUAAGAUCUAGAUUAUACACUACAUGAAGAGGAAUGUUGUGAUUUGAGGACAUGGAGUGUAUCAUUAAGCUUAUUAUUCAAUAAAGCCUCUGUAAUGAUUUAAGGCCA